GGCCAUCAGGCAUCUCAACCUCCUGUGCUGGUCCUUGAUCCCCGAACUAGACCGCCUGGCUGGUUCUCGCCGACAUUGUUUACCAUGUCUCUCUUCCGCAAUUGCAAGACUGCCACCGUGCAGCUCCGCGGCUUCGCCUCAUCCUCCUCUCUGCGGGUCGGCCCCGAGUCUCCCAACUUCAUCAACGUCCCUCGGACCGUUCAGCCCGAUCUUCCAUCGAAGCCCCGCGUCAAGGGUACCCUGCCCGUCCCCCGAGAACUCUUCCCGGCUCGCCGCAAGGACAAGCCGACGGAGGAGUACAUUGCUGCUGCGACACCUCUCCCGACCAAGGAGGUCAGCCUGGACCCCAAUGACCCCCAUGAAGAAUACAUCCAAUGGAAGAAACACAUGGCGGAGAUGAGACGCAAGAACCUCCGCGAAGGUCUCUUGGAACUGCACACCCGGAAGCAGCGGACGGACAAGGCGAUGAUGCAGCGGAGUUUGGAGAAGCAGAAGCGCCGGGAACGUAUCUUCCGCCAGCCUGAGAGAGAGGAUGAGCGGUUGACCCGUACUUCAGUCACCCAGGACAUGCUGCCCCAACAUACCCCCGUGCUGCCGGAUCCUGACCGUAAGGCCCGUCUGGCUCGCUCCAAGGAAAGGGUGGAGCACCAUCAGGCUAUGAAGGAAUUGGAGCGUCGAGACAACCUGCAUGAACUGUACAUGAACGCUCGGAACUUCAUUACCACCGAGGCCCAGCUUUUGGCUGAAAUCGAGAAGGUCUUCCCUGAGGGUGAGAACGCGGCCUGGCGCAGCGACCACCAGCAGGGCGAGAACAUCUGGAACUUGGGUCUGCCUCCGACUGUCCACUCUAUUCUCAACGAGUCCAGGAGGGGCGAGGCUUCUCGUUGGGAGCUUAUCCAAGACAGAGUCAAGAAGCUGGGAGAGGAGAUCACGGGUGGCAAGUUGUGAUGGUUGUACCUAUUUGGCAGGUUGUAUAUUACAUGUUUCUCCCAGUUCGAUCUUUCCUGUUCUCACGCAAUGUAAUUGGUUUGUACUAGCUUUAUUUGUUUUGUAUACCUAUGGUACUUGGACGAAUUGAUCAAUCUCAGUUGAAUAGCUCUAUGCUCAAAAUCAUGGUCAAGAACGCCAUCGCUAUGCCACAUAAUGUCCGAAACGCCGCGGCCAUUCUUUGAAAAUAAGAAACCCAGACCUCUAUUAG